AUGCAGUUAGCUAAAGUGGAGGUAAAUAGUGGCUCUGAUACAUCCUUUUGGUUUGCAAGAUGGUCGCAAUUGGGAAGUCUUAUUGAGUUAACGGGAGAGAGAGGCUGCUUGAUAAUGGGUAUUCCUAUUAACUCAACAGUGGAAAGAGUUGUGCAGACUUAUAGAGCCAGACGCCACAGGUUUCUUGUCUAUCAACAGAUUGAGAAAGAAAUUCUCUCUCUUAGAAGACAGGGGCUUAAUCAACAGGAAGACGCUUGUUUGUGGAAAAGAGAUAAUGGGGAUUUCAAGCCAGAUUUUUCCACUUCUCAGACAUGGAACAUUGUAAGAACUCAAUCGCCUAAAGUGACGUGGUUUAAAGGGAUUUGGUUCCGAGAAGCGACCCCAAAACUCUCCUUCAUUGCUUGGUUGGCGAUUCAAAACAGGCUAGCCACAGGUGACAGGAUUAUCAGAUGGAAUCCUCAAGCCAUAACCACUUGCUGGCUCUGUAACUCAGCUGAAGAAACCAGAGAUCAUUUGUUUUUUGAGUGUGGCUAUUCGAAAGAAGUUUGGAGAAGCAUUAUGGGGAAUCUUGCAGGCCAUAGGAAUUUAUUUCAAUGGUCUCAGAUUGUUCAGAUUCUGAUAAAAGGCCUUCGUGAAAGAGUGUCAACUUUCCUAUUCAGAUAUGGGUUUCAAGUGGUUAUUUAUGCGAUUUGGUAUGAGAGGAAUGUGAGAAGAGUUGGUGAAGCCUCACAAACUACGAGCUGUAUGAUAAGAAGACUUGACAAGAUGGUUCGAAACAGGAUUACAACUUUGAGGAAGAAUCCGGGAGGGAAGUAUGAGAAAGCAAUGGAAGUGUGGUUUGGAAGAAAUUGA